AUGGACGCGCCGUCUGCUGAGGCUCGCCCGGAACCUGUUGACACGGAUGACGAAGAGGAGGAAGAAGGUGAUGGUUACUUGAGUGAUGAUCCUGAGGAGCACCUGGAUCCUGUCAAAGCCGGCGAGAUUGCGGCUUUGGCUGGCUACACGCUUACCCUGGUGAUCCCGCAGAAGUAUGAAGACGAGGUGCCACGCACUAUUGACACGGUGAAGGAGCUGCUGGUGAUAUGGAGGAAGGCUCUGUCGCCGCAUGCUCAGACGACCACCAAGAUUCAGGUUCUGCAAGGGGCCUACCUCUCGAAGAAGCGUUUUGGGAGGCUGCAGGUCACUUUUCGGGAGACCGUGGAUGCGAACUAUGUAUGGUGUCGUCGCGUGGAUCAUAUUUGUGUGGACGGGAAAACGAAGCUCACCUUGAGCUGGCAGCACCCGGAGAAUCCGCUGUACAUUAAGGAACGUGCUCAGAACUCGGAUGCGAUCGAUGUGCUGUUGAAAGGAGUUCCGGCGGAGAUCUCACCGGACAUGAUAUACAAGCUGCUGGUGAAGACCCCGCUGGAGAAACGCGGCCGUCCACCGUACCAGUCGGGUGCUGCGUUUCAUCGCGUGGUGGACCCUGUCACAGGAACUGACACGCACAAGAUAAAGGGGCUGGUGAAACUUCACCCGGGGGAUAAGUAUCGCUGGUGGCACAUGCUUUAUGAUACGACCUGGAACGCUGACGGCCUCUGUUCUCCCUCCGUGAGCAGCGGCCUCGCAUCUGCUCAACCCGACGAUGAAGAAGGUCCUGCGCGAUCCGGCUGUUACCCUGGUUUCCACGGGAGGCAGCAGGGAGGACUGGAUCCGCGUCCAGGAGUCCUGCGGGAAGACGAAGGGUACCAGUUUCGCUCAGGCACUGAAGCAUGUCCGCUCCGUUCAGCACUGCACGGCACUCAUGAAAGGAGGAGAAGCUAG